AUGUCGUCGUUUCAUAAAAUCAUUGUUUUCGUGGGGUAUAUUUCUCUAUUUCAUUCGGCUUUCUCAGCUGCUCAACAUCGUUCAUAUUUAAGGAUAACUUCACAAGAAUUUACAACUCUACCUUUAGAUAUUGUGGUGCAAGCAGUUGCUAGCUUAUUUGCAGUAAUGUGGGGAGUCCUGAAUAUAGCUGGUAACCUUCGAGAGAUUCCUGCCGCUGCUGAACUUAACACCCUCACUUGGGAAACCCAGUAUAAUAUGCCAUCAUUUGCAAUUUUCAAUCAUAGAGGAAAAGCAGUAAAUCAAAGCAAAUAUGUGCCCAGUUCUGGUAAAGCAGAAUUAGAAAAUACAGAAUUAUAA